CAAUCUACAAAUACGUUCUAUUUCCAGGUAUCAUGGGUUUAUCUUCUCGUGGGCGACAAUAUACACAUUCUGGUAUCAUCCCAUGGAAAAUACAUGGGGACAUACAUUUGGUUUCUUUCACACAGCUAUAGUGUUGUUGCAGGGAAGUCUCAUCUACACUGACAUGCAUCUUAACAGAUACUGGAGAUUGUUGAACGAGGUGUGGGUGUUCGCGCAUGGGACCGUGAUUGCGGUUCAAACCAGCAACCCCGAUGUAGCGGGAGGAAGCUCUUUGUGGCCAAUAUUUACAUUCGGGUUUGGAUUUGUCCUUGCGUUUACACAGGUAUUUAGUAUUCCUUUCUGGAAGAAAAUCUCGCCGUAUUUUCGAAUCAUCCCAGUUUUGAUAUUUCUCACGAUCGUUCUUGCGCUUUGUGGGACCGUGGUGAAAGGAAAGGAACCGGGUCAAACAGGUUUCAGCCGGAUUUACGAAAUGUUUUUCAUUCCGGCCGAGGAAUAUAUGAUGCUCCUCUUUUCAUGGCUGUUCCUUUACAUAUUUAUUCGGAUCGAAGCAGCGAUCAUCGGGGAUAAGAAACAAGAUUCGAAUUAUGAAAUGUCGCCAACCAAACAGGCGUUCUACCUCGCUGGUGUGGUGAUGGUCUACGCAGCUUUUGUCCUCAUCUCAUAUUUCUGGAGGUUUGCCAACGGUGAUAUGCUCACACUCAUGAUCAUCUUCGUGUUCAUCUUUUCGUUCGGAUGUUGCAUCACCGUCAUGUUGUUCAAACAGAUAAUGGGCCCACACCGUAGCAUGGUGAGACCUGCUGGGGUUUCUUCCGCAAACUGUACAGGAGUUCCGAAUGAAAGUUUCGUUCACGAAAACGAAGAUAUUCCAAACUAGAUACCUUUUUAUAAAAGUUCUUUGUUCUAAGUUAUAGAGAAUAUGUUUCUACUUUGUACCGCCAAACCCUGAUAUAAGUUACCUUCCUCAUCGUCAACAAUGUCCAUGUAUGAAUGUGAAGCAAGAUGGCUACCGUUAGCACAUGCCACAUGAUAUCCCAUAUUUUUUAAUCGUAUUUUAACAAAUGAAACCGAUCUUUCCGAGCCGUGAUGAUACGGUUAUAUAUUUCUGUAAAUAUUCUUUGUUUACAACCAAGUCUUUGAUUAUAAUAUGAAUUACUGUUUGUAAUUCUUGGAUUUGUUCUUGUAAUGCAUUCUUGUUUUCUUUGUUGAGUUGUUUCGUUUAUUUUUUGACCUGAGUGUCAACCUAAACAAAUAAAGUUAAAAUGUUAG